UUCAUUUCAAGGAAUCGUUCGAGUCAUCGUUUUAAUGUGGAGCCUAGCGGCUCUCACUAAAUCCUGAGUCGCGCGCGACAUUUUCAGUUUUGUAGUAAAAUAGAAUCCGGUUAAUACGGUUUAAUAAAGUCAUUCGUUCGUGAUAUUUAUACACCAGCUGUUUAAUAAUGGAUGAUUAUUGGACAACGCCAGAGGUGCAGAGAUGUCCCGAUCAAGUUGUCUGUGUCCCGAUCUGAGAUGUUGAGUAUCUGCUGAUGCUUGGAACACACUUCAAGUACAUAAAGAUCAAUACUCUCCGGUCAUUCAGCCUCCAAGAUAGAUUCUCUCAGGAGUAAGGUUGAACUGCUGAAGCUGCCGUUGACCCUGUCAUCUAAAUCCAUCUCAGAGCGCAAAGCUCAGCUGGGUGCAACCACAGAACGCUCCAGGGGUGGAGCUGGGGUCCACAAACCCCGCCCAACAGCCCCAGAUAUGGACAACGAGUCGCAAUACUCUGGCUAUUCUUACAAGUCUUCCCAUUCCCGCAGUUCUCGCAAGCACAGGGACAGGAGAGACCGGCAUCGCUCUAAGAGCAGAGACGGCAGUAGCAGAGGAGACAAAUCAGUUACUAUCCAUGCACCCGGAGAACCACUGCUAGAUGCAGAGUCUACCCGUGGAGAUGACAGGGAUGACAACUGGGGUGAGACUACCACCGUUGUUACUGGUACAUCUGAGCACAGUGUCUCCAAUGAGGACCUCACUCGGGCAUCCAAAGAACUUGAGGACUCUUCACCAUUGGAAUGUCGCCGUUUUGCUGGUCCCAUCCUGAGUGGCAUUUUGGGUUUAUUUGCCCUCCUGACGCCUCUCGCCUUCCUCCUGCUGCCUCAGCUGCUGUGGCGUGACUCUCUGGAGCCCUGUGGGACCCCCUGCGAAGGACUUUACGUCUCUCUCGCCUUCAAACUCCUUGUCCUACUCAUCUCUUCCUGGGCUCUGUUUUUCCGGCCUUCCCGCGCCACGCUACCACGGUUUUUUGUUUUCCGCUGCCUCCUAAUGGCUUUGGUGUUCCUCUUCGUGGCCUCCUAUUGGCUGUUCUAUGGUGUGAGGGUACUGGAGCCGAGAGAACGGGAUUACAGGGGCAUAGUGGGUUACGCAGUCUCGUUGGUGGAUGCGCUGUUGUUUAUCCAGUAUUUGGCUCUGGUGCUCUUGGAAGUGAGGCACCUUAGGCCGGCUUUCUGCCUCAAAGUGGUGCGUACAACUGACGGAGCCAGCCGCUUCUACAAUGUGGGCCAUCUUAGCAUCCAGCGAGCAGCAGUGUGGGUUCUGGAUCACUACUACACUGAUUUUACUGUUUACAACCCCGCUUUACUUAAUCUACCCAAGUCCAUCCUCUCUAAAAAGAUGUCUGGAUUUAAGGUGUACUCCCUUGGAGAAGAGAAUAGUACCAAUAACUCGACUGGUCAGUCUCGUGCUAUGAUCGCAGCUGCCGCCCGCAGAAGAGACAACUCUCAUAAUGAAUACUAUUACGAGGAGGCGGAAAUGGAGCGCAGGAUCCGAAAGCGCAAAGCCAGACUUGUGGUGGCAGUAGAGGAGGCGUUCACUCAUAUCAAAAGGCUUCAGGAAGAUGAGGCCGCAUCAUCGCCCAAGCAUCCCCGUGAGGUGAUGGACCCUCGGGAGGCAGCCCAAGCCAUCUUUGCCCCCAUGGCACGAGCCAUGCAAAAAUACCUGCGAACCACACGACAGCAGCCCUACCACAGCAUGGAGAGCAUCAUUGCUCAUCUGCAGUUCUGCAUUACCCACAACAUGACACCGAAGGCUUUUCUUGAGCGUUACCUCAGCCCUGGCCCUACAAUGCAGUAUCAGCGAGAAAAUGGUAGAGGGCGCCAGUGGACUUUGGUUAGCGAGGAGCCCGUGACAUCCGCAUUGCGUCAGGGGCAGGUGUUCUCCCUUCGUCGUCUCGAUUUUGCUCUGGUUGUCACUGUGACACCCCUCCCCUUCCUCAACCUGGGAGAGGAGUUCAUUGAUCCCAAGAGCCACAAGUUUGUCAUGCGGCUUCAGUCUGAAACCUCUGUUUGAGAAGAAAACGAAAGCAAGAGGACUAACACUAAUGGGGGACUGAGGCCGAUCCAUACGAAGGGCAGCACAAAAAAAGAUAGCAGGACUGAGGGAGAGAACCACUUUUACUUUUAAAUAUCACUUUUACAUCUUUUAAAUGACUUUGUAUUUUUUUUUAAACUCUGAACUGCCUUUAAACUGUCUCUGGACUGACUAACACAUAUGCAUUUCUGCUGUGAAUUAUGUUUGUCGUAUAUGAUGUCAUAUAUCAGUUCCCAUUGGUGCUGAGGGGUUACUGCACAAUACCAGCGAUUUAUAAGAAAUUCUAGGUGCCAUACCAUGGCUGCCUAUAACACUACAAACAAUAGAAACACCUUUCAAACCCCUUAAUUGUCACUCGAAGGUGAUACAAACACUGUAAAUGUAGCGAUAAAGGUUGUAGCUAAUGUAGAACACUCAAGUGCUUUACUGUUUUAUUACUGUGUACAACUGGGGGUCCAGGUCACAAUGGCAUGUAUGUUUGUAACUCUACUCGGCAUAGAGCUUUGUAUCUGUUGGGAAUGUAAUUUUAAGACUUUGUGUGUAUCUUGUUUGCAGUACUUGUCUUCAUUCUUAUAAAUCAAGAGGCCUUUAUAUCAUUCACUUACCUUUCUGUUGAAAAGUGGUUGUGUAUACCAGCAAACAAACUGUCCCUACAGUGUGACUUUUUCAAAAGGUGGGGACAGUGACUUUUUAUUCCAGUUGUGUUUGGUUUGUUAUGUAGUGUAAGUCUGUCGCACAUGACCAAUCAAAUGUUACCUUACAGAAAAUGCAAAAACAGCUGUGUAUGUUAUGGAUGUGUGCCAAACUGUUAUAUUUCUGCCUUCAUUCGAGCUGUAACUAUGCACACGAGUGGCUGGUCGGUUUUAAGUCGACCUCAGAUUUAAGGGCAGUUGAACUGGAAAGUCCCAUGUGCUUAACUGGUUCCUCCGCUUGUGACAGCUUUGUGUCAUUGUAGUUUUUCACCUUACAUUUUGUACAUAAAUACUUCUCAUUUUAUACGAAAGAACCUGGAAUUGUGUAGGUUGCUUUAAGGUUAUCAAAACUGGUGUUUAUUAAUAGGCCUGAUGCAUGCAUGUAGGCAAAGCAGUCUUGUAGUUUUUGUAACGUUUCUUUUUUAUCAUUUUGUAUGACAGCUAAGCUAAUCUUUUAACGGUUUUCCCUAAAAAAAUGGUUUGUAAACAGAUUUGUAGAUUUUUGGUUAUUGCGUGGAAAACCUUUUGGCAAUUGAUCAUUUUAAAACUAAAAUGUUGCAGCAUUUUUUAAAUAAAUCAAUUCAACUUUAAAUCA